GGCCACCCAGAGGCUAACGCACACCAUGGGGCGCCUGCAACUGGUUGUCUUGGGCCUCGCCUGCUGCUGGGCAGUGGCCAGUGCCACGAAGCUGGGCGCCGUGUACACAGAAGGUGGGUUCGUGGAAGGCGUCAAUAAGAAGGUCGGCCUCUUGGGUGACUCUGUGGACAUCUUCAAGGGCAUCCCCUUCGCGGCUCCCACCAAGGCCCUGGAGAACCCCCAGCCACACCCCGGCUGGCAAGGGACCCUGAAGGCCAAGUCCUUCAAGAAGAGAUGCCUGCAGGCCACCAUCACCCAGGACAGCACCUACGGGGAUGAAGACUGCCUGUACCUCAACAUCUGGGUGCCCCAGGACAGGAAGCAAGUCUCCCGGGACCUGCCCGUUAUGAUCUGGAUCUAUGGAGGCGCCUUCCUCAUGGGGUCCGGCCACGGGGCCAACUUCCUCAGCAACUACUUGUAUGACGGCGAGGAGAUUGCCACACGCGGAAACGUCAUCGUGGUCACCUUCAACUACCGCGUCGGCCCCCUUGGGUUCCUCAGCACUGGGGAUGCCAACCUGCCAGGUAACUAUGGCCUUCGGGAUCAGCACAUGGCCAUUGCUUGGGUGAAGAGGAAUAUCGCGGCCUUCGGGGGGGACCCCAGCAACAUCACGCUCUUUGGGGAGUCUGCUGGAGGUGCCAGCGUCUCUCUGCAGACCCUCUCCCCCUACAACAAGGGCCUCAUCCGGCGAGCCAUCAGCCAGAGCGGUGUGGCCGUGAGCCCCUGGGUCAUCCAGAAAAACCCAGUCUUCUGGGCCAAAAAGGUGGCUGAGAAGGUGGGUUGCCCUGUGGACGACACCGCCAGGAUGGCCAAGUGUCUAAAGAUUACUGACCCCCGAGCCCUGACGCUGGCCUAUAAGUUGCCGCUGGCAGGCAUAGAGUACCCCGUGCUACACUAUCUGGGCUUCAUCCCUGUCAUUGAUGGAGACUUCAUCCCCGAUGACCCCAUCAACCUGUACGCCAAUGCCGCCGACAUCGACUAUAUAGCAGGCACCAAUAACAUGGACGGCCACCUCUUCGCCGGCGUCGACAUGCCUGCCAUCAACAAGGGCAACAAGGAAGUCACGGGGGAGGACUUCUACAAGCUGGUCAGUGGGCUCACAAUGACCAAGGGAGUCAGAGGUGCCAAAACUACCUUUGAUGUCUACACUGAGUCCUGGGCCCAGGACCCAUCCCAGGAGAACAAGAAGAAGACUGUGGUGGACUUUGAGACCGAUAUCCUCUUCCUGGUGCCCACCGAGAUUGCCGUGGCCCAGCACAGAGCCAAUGCCAAGAGUGCCAAGACCUACAGCUACCUGUUUUCCCAUCCCUCUCGGAUGCCCAUCUACCCCAAAUGGAUGGGGGCAGACCAUGCGGAUGACAUCCAGUACGUUUUUGGGAAGCCCUUCGCCACCCCGCUGGGCUACCGGGCCCAAGACAGGACAGUCUCCAAGGCUAUGAUCGCCUACUGGACCAACUUUGCCAAAACGGGGGACCCCAACAUGGGCCACUCGGCUGUGCCCACACACUGGGAACCCUACACCUCGGAAAAUGGCAGCUACCUGGAGAUCACUAAGAAGAUGGAUGGCAGCUCCAUGAAGCAGGGCCUGAGAACCAACUUCGUGCGCUACUGGACCCUCACCUAUGUGGCGAUGCCCACGGUGACUGACCAGGAGGCCACCCCCGUGCCCCCCACAGGUGACUCCGAGGCCACUCCUGUGCCACCCACAGGUGACUCCGAGGCCGCCCCCGUGCCCCCAACGGGUGACUCCGAGGCCGCCCCCGUGCCCCCAACGGGUGACUCCGCGGCCGUCCCCGUGCCCCCAACGGGUGACUCCGCGGCCGCCCCCGUGCCCCCAACGGGUGACUCCGAGGCCGCCCCAGUGCCCCCAACGGGGGACUCCGAGGCCGCCCCAGUGCCCCCAACGGGUGACUCCGUGGCCGCCCCCGUGCCCCCAACGGGGGACUCCGAGGCCGCCCCCGUGCCCCCAACGGGGGAUUCCGAGGCCGUCCCCGUGCCCCCAGCGGGUGACUCCGAGGCCACCCCCGUACACCCAACUGGUGACUCUGAGGCCGCCCCUGUGCCCCCCCCAGAUGACUCCAAGGGAGCUCAGAUGCCUGUAGUCAUUAGUUUCUAGUGUCCCAUGAGCCUUGGUGUUAAGAGGCCGCAAGGGUGGGACCCCAGGGGCUCCCCUCCCGUCUUUAGCUCUUCCUGAAUAAAACCUCAUUUCCCUGUC